UCUGCACUUUGCCAAUUCCGUGCCUGGAAAUCCAAAAUCCUGAAGGUGCAGCACCCUCGGGCGCGCACCACUUAGUGACAGACUACAGGGCCUGUCCCUGGGAAACGUUGCUUUCAGGGAGCCUAAGUGAGCCCGAGAAGGUGGAAUUGCUGUGCGUUUUAACAGAGGCUUUAGGCAAGUGAGAAGUCGUCAUUGGUCGAAUCUGAGAGAGGGGCGGGACCCGGGUAAUUCCAAAGAGAGCAGCCAGUCCCAAAGAACGCAGGCGUGUGGACGCUGGGGCUAAGGCGAGGCCGAGGCGGCGGGAGAUGGCGGAAGCCAAUUCAGUUCAGUCCAGGUCCUCUUAUAGUGGGGAAUAUGGUGGUAACGGAGGAAAACGGUUCUCCCAUUCUGGCAACCAGCUGGACGGCCCCAUCACCGCCAUCCGUGUCCGAUCCAACUCACUUUACAUCACUGGUCUCCAAGUUCGCUAUGGCACAGUGUGGAGCGAAUACGUGGGUGGCAAACACGGAGACCUGGAGGAGAUCUUUCUGCACCCUGGGGAAUCCAUGAUCCAGGUGUCUGGCAAAUAUAGGUUUUUCGUGAAGCAGCUGAUCAUCGUGACAGACAAAGGCCGCAAGCUGACUUUUGGAGAAGACUCAGGCAUAAGUUUCAAUGCCGUUCCCUUGCACCCCAACACCGUCCUCCGCUUCAUUAGUGGCCGAUCUAGCACUGGCAUCAAUGCCAUCAGCCUACACUGGGAUGUAUAGCCUAGCCAGUGCAGCACUUGCUGAAGCCCACCUUUUUCUCUGGCGGGGUGCUGUGGUGGGAGGGAGAACUCCCUUAUCACCAAGCCCCAUGCAAAUGUGCAAAUAGCUUAAUAAAAGGAUAUGAAUGAGACCAUG